CGCGCAGCUGGCAACCCUAGCGCCCCCUCAGCUGUGGUAAUUACAACAACAAUGAGUGGGCGGUGCAACGGUGCCUGCAGGAAAAUAACACGGAUUGCAUCUAAACAACCACCCACUCAUCAACCCAACUGCCCACGCACGAAAUUCUGGGAAGUAGCUCAAAUCUAUUUAUAGCUCUCAGCAGCCGAAGUGGCACUUGCAGCGUAGCUGCACAAUCAAAAGUCAGAUAUGUUUCCCCACUUGAAGAGUGCACGAGUGAACCUGCAACUCCUGCAGGAGGCUGCUUGUCGCCAGCUUGUACAACAACUGACCUUGAUUGAAGGCUCCAAGGUUAUUGUUUUAGAUGACGCAAUGAUCGGUCCUUUGGGUCUAAUAACUAAGCCCAAGCUAUUUUCGGAUCGCGGCAUACGUCUUUUGCCGCUAAAACCGGAGAUUCGCGUACCCAAGGAGAUACGCAAUAUUAUUUAUAUACUGCGCCCACAGGUGUCCCUGAUGGAGACUCUUGUGACGCAGGUAAAAGCUAACAUGUUGAAUGGCCGUCAAUUUCAUUUGUAUUUCGUACCGCGGCUCUCGUGCUUGUGCAUCAAGCAACUUGAGAAUAAGGAUGUGCUUACCGCAUUUGGGCGCAUCGAUGAGCUCCCUUGGAAUUUUUUUCCGCUUGAGUACGAUGUAGUGAGCAUGGAAAUGCCGCACUCCUAUCGCGAGGUGACCAUUGAAGGCGAUUUCAGCUGCCUGUUCCAGGCAGCUACUGGGUUGGUUCAACUGCAGCGUCUAUACGGGCGCAUACCGAAGAUCUAUGGCAAGGGUGUGCAGGCACAACUGGUCUGGGAGAAGGCCAAGCAGCUGGCUAUUGACGAGAAGACGCUCUACAAUGCCGACAGGGGCGCUAUAGAUCAGCUCAUUCUGUUGGAUCGUGGCAUAGAUCUGAUGUCAACGCUGGCCACUCAGCUAACAUACGAGGGUCUUAUCGAUGAGUUCUACGGCAUACGUCAGAACCAAUUGUCGCUACCGGGGGAGCACUUCUCCUCCUAUAAUGCAGCCGACAUGGCCAAUGAUUAUGGCACUGGCGUACAGGAGCGCUUGCUGGCCACCUCGGAUCGCAAGCUCAUCAUGCUGCAUUCGGGCGAGCAUUUGUAUUCGGAGCUGCGCAACAGGAACUUCAAUGAGGUACGCAAUGUGUUGGCUCGCAAAGUGCGUGAGAUUCAGUUGCACAUGAGCGUCAGCCGCGAGGAUCAGUCAGUGCAGGAGAUCAAGGUCUUGGUAGAGCGCUUGCCGCAGCUGAUGAAGCUUAAGGAAGCAACCUCGGUGCAUACCACCAUUGCCGAGCUUAUCGAUCGCCAGAUCAAGGUCGACUCCUUCGGUGAAGAUUUGGUCGCCGAGCAGGACUAUAUGAACUGCGAGGACAUUGACAGGCCCAGCGCGUACAUUGAUGAUUUAAUCGCGCGUCGCACAGACUUGCGCACUGUGCUGCGUCUGAUUUGCAUGCAGUGCGCUGCCGGGUCAGGCUUCAAGGAGCGCGUGCUCACCCAUUACAAGCGUGAGCUUGUCCACGUCUAUGGGCUGGAAGUGCUGCUGACCUUGCGCCAUCUGGAAAAGGCCGGGCUAAUUCGCUUGCAAACCGAGUCCCGUGCUUAUGCUGUCUUACGCAAGACAUUGCGUCUAACGCUUGAAGGGAAUCCUGAGAUCAAUCCGACGGACAUCAGCUAUGUGCAUAGCUUCUAUGCUCCGUUAACUGCACGUUUGGUGGAGCACUCGCUCCGUCCAUUGGGUUGGCAAACGCUCAAGAGUCAGAUUACCAAUCUACCGGGUCCGACUUUCGAGGAUUUCCAGGUGCAGUUGAUUGGCAUAGGUGGUCGUCAUGCAGCAGCUGCUGGCUCUAAAGGGGAUGGCUAUAUGUUGCAUUCGCGUCGUGUGGUCCUGGUUUUCAUUGUAGGUGGGAUAACUUUUGCCGAAAUUGCAGCGCUGCGCUUCUUGGCCGCUCAGGAGGACAACAAUGUGGAGUUUUUGAUUGCCUCUACCAAGAUAAUCAAUAAGCACACAUUCCUCGACAGUUUGAUGAGCUCUUGAAAGGAGCGAUUAAGCCGUUUGGAUGCAUUCCGCUUGUCCAAGAGCUUGGGAGCUGUAUCCGAUCUCGUUAGGUCGAAAGAGAUGGCAGAGUGUGAAAACCAGAGAUUAUUAAUAAGAGGACGUCAAGAGCUUGAGAAAAUAUUGUUAAGCAAGAAAAAGAAAGUUACUUUUCGACUAUCUUACACCCCUACAAACGUUUGAAAAUGUAUUUUUGAAUAACCCAGCAGAGGUCUAUAUACAAACAUACAUAUAUUUAUUCAAUAUUCAACAUAUAGAUAUCCUGUGAGAUAUCAUUUAUAUCUAUGUGUGUAGUUUGAAUUCCAAUAACAACAUCUAUUGUCUGCUGUUUUUAAAAGGUAUUAACCGCAGCAUCUUAUAUACUUAAACAUUCGGGCUUUGCGAGCUUUUGCGAACUUAUCAGUUAUAUUAUAUAUCCAAUAUGCGUUUAUGCUUGGAAAAUGAUUAGACGUCUCUAUUAAUCCGUAGACAUUUAUCCAAGUAUACAAUAUACAAAAUAUCAAAUAACCAUGUAUACAAUAUACAAAAUAU